CCUCCAUUUCUCGCAUUCCCCCUUCCCUCUCUUUCUCUCUCCGAUGUCCUCCCUCUUCAAGUCUCGUCAGGCGGACGAGGAUGGGGAGAUACUCCGGGGCCGGCCAAUGGCGCCGCCAGUCACACCCUGCCUCAGUCCGGAGGAAUCGCCGUCCCCUAAUCCUGCACAGUCCGGCAAUACCGGGUGGUUCUCGGGGCUCGUCUCUGGCACCAGGAAACUCAUCUCCUCUGUCCUCCGCUCUGAUUCCACCACCACCACCACCUCCUCCUCUUCUUAUUCCUCAGACAAAGAUAAUGGUAAUAAUCCCAACGAGGAUGAGGAUACUGCUGUGUCUUCUAAGGAACACAAUGCAUUAAACCAGAGUGGAAAGAAUUCAAAGACAGUGAAGGACUAUCUUGAAGGAUCAUUAGCCAUUGUCUCAGAAAUUGAAUCCAAACAUGCCAUAGAACAGUUGCUAAUGCAAGAGACCUUUUCAAGGGAUGAAUGCAAUAAACUUACGAAGAUAAUUCAAUCACGAGUUGUAGACUUCCAAUCUACAGAAGUUUGUCAGGAUGGAGUGCAAAGGGAACUUCUUGGAAGGGCAGCCAGCAAUACUAUUGAUUUUCCAGGAUCUUGGCAACUUUCUUCUCCAGGAUCUUCUGACCACCAAGCACUUCCACCAGGUUUCCAUGACAGAGCUGUUAUGGAGGCAAAGAAAUGGUUAGAGUCAAAAAGGUUGUCACCAAGCUCCGGUCAUGGUUGUGAUUGUGGGCCUUCCUCUCUAAAUACCAAUAUGCUUCAGUCAGAUUUUGAAGGUGGAAAAAGUUCACCUCUUGAUAUGGCUAAAACUUACAUGCAGUCCUUGUCCUCAUGCCAAUUUCCAUCCCAAAACAAUAUGGAGUAUAAGUCAACACCACCUCGCAUGAUGCAUCUGUACAAAGAUGAAACAACAUAUUCAAACACUGAUCACUCUUUGCCCUUGUCUAAGGUCCUGAAAAGGAAUUAUCAUACCUUGAUUCCUGGGGAUAGUCAUGAUGAAUCUCGAAGGGUCAGGCUGAAGUCAACAAAAAAUGUAUUAAACAUUUCUAAGUUAAAAAAAAAUGAUCUAUCUGCUGGAUGUUUAGAACAUGAAGCUUGCAAAGUCUCCUUCGCACCUGAUAAAGGAUUUGUAGAUGCACCUGCAAAUUUGUCUCCAGAGUUAUGUGUUGAAGAUCAUAGUACACUUGGAGGCCUUGGAUUGUCUAUUGAAAGGUCCUUUGAAGCAUUCCGUCCACUUCAAACAGGUAAUAUCAGUUCUAAUAACAUCAUUUCAGAUGGCGAAGCUGCGGCUGCUGCAUCUCGGAGACCAGCUUCCUUGCCUUUAGAACCUACUCAUGUAAGAUCAGGAGGUGAUCUGAUGUCAUGUGAUCCUGCCGUUCCUAUUUUAGAUGAAAAUAAGGAUGUGGAAGAGCCUUCAAAAGCCAAGGAACAACUUGAGAAUAUUUUUGUUCCUCAUGACUCUCAUAUUCCUGUUUCUACAGCAAUGAAGCAUGAUGGUCCCUUCUUAUAUUCAGGGGACCCUUUCCAAAAUGUCUCAUAUGCCGGACAGGCAAUAAUGCCAAAAGAGGAGAUUGAGUCCGCAUUGAGGUCAUCAGCUGGAUUAGACGUGGAACUGUACGUCGAUAGGAAGGGGUAUGUCAAGGUAAGCAACUCCGGCAAUGGCGAGCCAGCCGAAGGACCGUCCGGGAGAAUCCUUGAGCCUUCAGGCAAGGCUGCUGCUGCUCGUCGAACCAAAGGCACCAGAGGCAGACCGCAUAAUGCUACGAUGGUGGAGUCCGUCGAGCGGAUGCUGGGUGAGUAUUAUCCGAGCACCAGCCGUGGCCGGGGGAGAAAAGCAGCGGCGAGACCGAGGAGAGGAAGGGGGAAGGCGAAGUGAUCUAUAUAACUUUUUCUUCGCAGCGCGAUUGUUUGAUAAUUAUUUGUUUCAUAUCCAGAUUCCGUUUCAGUUUGUUUGAUUCUGAUGUGCUACUGGACAAGUGGACAUUAUAGUAUUCGCCGAAAGAUUAGAUU